AUGGAGCCCUGUCGGUCCGUGGCCCUGCUGGUGGGGUCCCUGGCCCUGACCUCUGCCCUUGUUGCUCUGAGCACGGAUUUCUGGUUCGUGGCCAUUGGGCCCCACUAUUCAGCUCACUCUGGCCUCUGGCCGGAUGGGAAUCAGCAGUCAGUAGCAGGCUACAUCCAUGUGACGCAGACCUUCAACAUUCUGGCUGUCCUGUGCGGCGUGGCGUCUGUGGGCCUCCUGGUCCUGUCCUGCAUUCCCUCGCUGUCCGCACCGGGCCGCGGGCCCCUUGUCUCGUCCAUCACAGCUUUUGUUGCAGCCCUCUUUAUGCUGGUGGCCAUGGCGGUCUACACUGGUGAGCGGUGGAACCAACCUCGACACCCCCAGAUCCAGUCCUCCUUCUCCUGGUCCUUCUACCUGGGCUGGGUCUCGGUUCCCUUAUGGCUCAGUGCAGGUGGCCUGGGUCUGGUUGCUCACAGCCGUGUCCCCCGGCCUGGCUAUGACACCUUGUGA